AUGGAAUCAUCACCCGUCUCACGCCCGUCAGGCAUCCCCCGACCAGCGCCAUCCCGACUCCCGGUGCUUAGACCCUCAGGCAGUGUCUCGCAAUUGCGGGCGCCAGCUUCGACCGAACAGCUGCGCAAGAAGCCGUCCAACUCGGCCAUAUCCAACAUAUCCAACGACCAACCCCUGCGGAGGAAACCGUCGCUCCAGUCUAUAUCGCGACCGACAGCAUCGACACUACAGAAGAAGACAUCGAGGGCAUCGCUCGCCCGCUCCAACACCACCGCGUCGACCGCCUCGCAGCCAACGUCUGCCAACUCAAGCUCUGGUAGAGCUCCCCUGGCAUCCAACCCUCGCCGGGCGAGCGGGAUCCCCAGCUUUGGCCAUCCACGUCAUUCCAUCACCUCUACCAUCUCCUCGACUUCGAGCGACGCAUCCGUUAUUAGACGACCCUUUGCGCGCCCCCCAUCUCGUCAGGCAAACGAGCAGUCAAGGCCAACCUCUUCAUCUACCCCAGGCGAAGACGAUACACUCGGUAGCCUAAAUGACUUCAGGUCAGCAUCAAGGGCGUCCUCGCGAGCCAGUUCAAGGGCAGGCUUCAACGAGGACGAUCCUGAGGCAGACUACGCAGUCAAAGAUGAUGCGAUAUCCAAGGACAUAGCGAGGAAGAAAAGUAGACAGUCGCUCUCAGAAAGAACCAUAGAAAGUCUAUCACAGCUGCCGUCGUCACCAGCACCUAAGAAAGGUAGACGCAGGUCGAGUUUCUUCAAUGCCGACAACAGCAUGCCCCCUCCGCUGCGACCAGCCUCCGCAACGUCGAACGGCAGUAGACCCUCGACAAGUGAUGGCGCCCCACAAGCAGCACCAGCUACACCGAGGAGGCUUGGUGGCCCAUCCAACAGACUGUCAAUGACAGCUCCCGGCCAGCGAAGCGCCAGUGCAAGCGUCACUACAUCUACUGUAACGCCCAGUAGAACAAACUCCGUGUCACGUUCCGUAUCGACGGUUAAGAAGCAGCCAUCAUCAUCGACAUUGUCUACUACCCAGAACCUGCAGAACACGCCCAAAGCUCGACCGCUAUCAACAAGCAAAAGCCUUGCUACGCGAACACCGAAGCCCAAACCAUCACUAGGCAAUGUUUUUGGUCAGGCUAUUUCACCUCCUGGAACUGCAGUCGCCUCGCCAAAUCGUGAUACCCCUGUGAAGAAGACACCAGACACUGUCCGAAGGGUUCCCAGCUCUUCCGUCGCGCUGCGCGAUCACAUUGCGAAAGCCAAGGCUGCAAAGAAGCCCGACGUUACCGAAUCGCCCCCCAAACCCGCAAGUUCUUCCAACGCACUGCGGGAACAAAUCGCAAAGGCAAGAGCAGCUGCUAAACAGGCAAAGACCGAGCCGGUGAGGAACAACACUCCGCCUACAGAUGUCAUCGUGCCUGAUCCUGCCGAAAUUGCAACUUUUGACUUUGGGCUCGAAGAUGAUCCUUUCAACCAGAACCCAAAGGGUGGCAAGUCUGUAUUGCGACGACGUAUCGAUAGCGCUCGUUCGGACGGGCGCCUGAACAUUGCGGCAAUGGGAUUGAAGGAGAUCCCAGACGAUGUCCUCUCCAUGUACAUUUACGAUCCCAACGAUACAAAGGUUGCCUGGGGCGAGGUCGUCGAUCUUAGCACCAUCUUAGCUGCUGAUAACGAGCUGGAGAUUCUUCCAGACAGCAUGUUUCCGGAUGUCACAGUCGAAGACAUGGUGGAUUCUGACGAGGCUGGGCCUCAGUUUGGGGGAGUCCAGAACCUUGAUUUCCACGGCAACCUGCUUCGAGAGCUGCCAGUCGGCAUGAGGCGACUCACCCAGCUAUCAAAAUUGAACUUGUCAAGAAACAAGCUAUCUAUGGAUAUGCUGGAUGUUAUUGCUCAGAUACCAACACUGCGGGAACUGAAGCUGGGAGAGAACGAUCUCCAAGGAGACCUUUCUCCAGCCCUUUGCAACCUUACUGGUUUAGAGGUCCUCGAGCUACAAUCCAACAAACUGACUAGCAUACCGAUAGACAUUGAGCGCAUGGCUCAACUACGAACGCUUAAUGUUUCUGACAACCAGCUGCGUUCUAUUCCCCUAGGCGAGAACAAGCUUUCGGCCUUGCCGGAAGGCUUCGUCACUCUACACCAGCUCCGUACUGCGGACUUUACAGGAAACGACAUUACACAGCUAGAUGAGAAAAUAGCUCUUAUGGAGAGUCUGGAUCAUCUCACAGUCGCUGCGAACCCACUGCGUGAUCGCAAGUUCCUCACCAUGGGCACAGAUGAGAUGAAGCGUGACUUGGCUGCUCGACUGCCAGCUGAUGAAGCUCUAGCCAAUAUCGACGAAGACCUCGAUAACGCAGUUGAAGAGACUCAGACCCAAUGGCAACUCACUCCUUCAGGCACCUUGGAUCUCGCCGACAAGGACAUGAGUGAACUGGAAAUAGAUGAUGCCACAUUGGAGGUCUUCGCAGAGGGACUCCGUCAACUACACCUGCAGCGAAACAAGUUCGAGGCCAUUCCGUCCAUCGUAGUGAAGUUUGACCAUCUCACUCUGUUGGAUCUCUCCAGGAACAACAUCGAAGUCGCACUAUCCGCUCCGCUCGAUCUUCCACAACUCCGAGAUCUUCGCCUCGCCAGCAACAAGAUUACCUCUCUAACGCCGCUGACGACAUACCUUACCGCACCUAAUCUUGUCACUCUUGAUGUUUCGAUCAACCGCCUUUCUGGAAUCCUCCCAAUACUUCAUGUGUCGUUUCCCUCGCUCACGACUCUGCUUGCUUCGGACAACAAGAUUUCCGAAGUAUCCGUCGAUAGCUUGACCAAUCUGAGGAUCGUGAAUCUAGGCAACAACGACAUUGAGCGUCUAGAGCCACGCAUCGGCCUGCUCCAAGGCACCUUGACGGGCCUGGAGGUCGAAGGGAACAAGUUCAGGGUUCCCAACCGACAGGUGCUCCAAAAGGGAACAGAUGCUGUUCUGACAUGGCUCAAAGACAAGAUUCCAAGGGAGAGUUGGAAGAGCGCUGAUAGUGCAGGGACUGAGUUUUUCGACGCUAAUGAUGGGAGCUUUUAAUCCUUCGUUUUGGUGUAUUAGGGGUUCUGUUCUGGGGGCAAUUGUUGUGUGACGGAAGCACAGAUUUGGGUUCAGGUGGAUUGGUUGAGUUUCCACCUUUUCUAAGAUACAUUUUUACGCUUUUUGUAAUUCAUUCUUGUAUAGUAAACGCCCGAUAUCAAUGGGUAAAUAGGGAUCUGUUCAUAU